UCAUUGAGCUAGUCAUAUUAAGCUAACGGCUUCAUCAUCGGAAGGCUCCGAUUUUUCGGGCUUCACUUCCUGUUUUAGUGGUAGUACGAUAAUUAAUUGGAAAAUGGCUCUGCUAACGCCAUUAUUCGCUUUCCUGUAUCACCUUCCACAGGUGUACAAGUGGCUGCUGAAGCCCUACUAUGUAGCUUCUCUCUUUAUGUCCGUAGCCUUUCUAGCUGUCCGCAAGACGCCUGGCAUCUGCGACCAUCUGGCCACAGAGCGAGAGGACGGCAACUCCUGCGACUUCGACUGGAGAGAAGUGGAGAUUCUCAUGUUUCUCAGUGCCAUCGUAAUGAUGAAGAACAGACGAGCGAUAACCGUGGAGCAGCAUGUGGGCAACAUUAUCCUCUUCAGCAAAGUGGCCAAUGUGAUCCUGUUCUUCAGACUGGAUAUCAGGAUGGGAUUGCUUUACCUGACACUCUGCAUAGUUUUUUUGAUGACCUGUAAGCCUCCACUUUACAUGGGACCAGAGUACAUCAAAUACUUUGGCGACAAAACCAUUGAUGAUGAGCUUGACAGAGACAGUCGUGUUACAUGGAUUGUUGAAUUUUUUGCCAACUGGUCUCCAGAGUGCCAGUCCUUUGCUUCUGUCUAUGCUGAUCUCUCUCUCAAGUAUAACUGUACUGGCCUCAAGUUUGGUAAAGUGGACAUUGGACGUUAUGGAGAGGUUUCCAAGAAGUACAAAGUAUCUACAUCUCCGCUGUCCAAGCAGCUCCCCUCUCUGGUGUUGUUCCAGGGAGGGAAGGAGGUGAUGCGACGCCCCCAGGUGGACAAGAAGGGGAGAGCUGUAUCCUGGAGCUUCACUGAGGAGAACAUCAUCAGAGAGUUCAAUCUGAACGAACUCUAUCAGAAAUCCAAGAAACUUAACAAGACAAAAGAAGACAAGUUCAGCCAAUCCCAGUUCCCACCAGUCCCUGAGGAGGAGGAAGCAGAGCAGCAAGGAGUCAGUGCCCACAAGGAAGAGUCCGAAUCCAAGAAGGACAAAUAAGACAGUUUGUAUCGCUCAACUUUGACUUCUGGAUGGAACUUACAAGUCCAGGUCAGCUCCUCCUCCACCUCUUCUUCGCUCUCCUCUUCCAAGUGUUCAGAUUGUUCACUCAUGAAUCAGCACAGUACUGGUGUCAGUUAGGAUCACUUAUUGAGAUGCGGAUUAAUUGAGAAUUGAAAUUGCUAUAGUAAUUCUGUCUCUUUUCAGCACAAUUUAACCCUAAACUUUCUUUAAACCCAGUAAUUCAACACUUGUGCAGCUAUAGUGAACUCAUUUUAUUUUCCCUUUUUUAGAACUGAACAAAGAGAACAAGUGUACACUUGAGUCGGGAAGCAAACUGAGAUACAGUAAACCAGCCUUUGAUGAGGGCUGUAAUGCUGUAUAGUGGUCCAGUAUAUCAGUGUAAGACCUGGAAAUGUGCUGUGCUGACCUGCCAUGUGCAUCACGUUACUGAAGUCUACACAGCACAUUUCUGGUCAAAGCUGUGAAGUCUGAUUGACUGCUCAUUUAGGAGAGUCAGUUGAGUUCUUGCUAAUUAAUAAUGAGGGAGUAGUGAAUGUGUUGCUACUUUGUUCUUUUUUGAUUUAGAUUUUUUUUAUGCAACUAAUUUAAUUCAGAGUAGAUGUUUUGUUUUUUUUGUUUGUUUUUUUUUAACCAUUUUACAAUUAACUGUAAAUACAUUUUAAACAAAUUAUAACUCUGGUGCACACAAAGUAGGCUGUGUAUGGCAUAGAAUUCAUUUGCAGUGUUAAACAUUCGGGUUCCUUGUGGUUUUCGAUAGAAAUUAGACACAAUAUGGGAGCCUCGACACAUCUGUAUGAGUCAGGUGGUAUUACUCAAGUUUACUAAUAGUUAGACAGCAUCCCUAUUCAUCUCUACAGACUUCACUUUGUCCUGGUGUGGACAGACCCAGCUCAUUCAAACUUUUCUGACAAAACAUUCAAGCAAUUUCAUUUCACUUUAUUUUUUACAGAUUUUGGAUCACCUUCGUUUGUUGUUGCUUUCUUAAAAUUCAUUGUAUUUGCCUCUCAAACUGAGAUGAACAUGACUGUCUUCAGCUCUCAGAUAACAUGUCAUUUUGCCUAUAUUCAUGCCAUGCAUUCAUGGCUAACUUGUGAGACGUUUUCUUAUUUGAAGGUUAUAUACUGAUUGGGUAGCACAUAGUUUUUAAGUACCUAAAUUCUGAUAAUAAUUAUUAUUAUUUAUAGAUCACUUUUAAAAACUCAAGUUACAAAGUGCUUCACGCAGGGCAGCAUAUUAAAAACAAAAUCCCGUUACAGCGUAUCUAAAAUGUAGUUACGUCACUGGUUAUGUCAUUAACAAGGUACGUAGUAUUUUUAUGUUUUAGAAGAAAGCAGUGAUUGAGCCUCAGCAUCAAGUGGAGCUUCGUAUAAUACAGUUUCCUUUAUGGGCCAGGCACUCUGGUUUGGAGCUCCCAAAAUUCUCAUGACCCCUGCAAAUAGACCAUAGUCAAGAUGGUUUGAAAAUCUGAAGAUGGUAGUUUUUUAUAUUCUUUUUUCAGGAACAGGGAGGAUGUUUCCUAAUCAUUCUUUAAGUUGGGCAGUCGCUGUGCGUUUUUAUUAAUCUGUACGUUGUUUUAAUUAAAACUUCAGGUUUUAAUCUGCCUUCAGAACUAACGACUUUAUGCUUCACUGUAUGGAUCAAUUCAUUAGCCAUAAUGUGGAGCUCAGGAUGAACAUAAAGACAAAAAUCCUAGUUGGUUUUUUUUACCAGUGAUGGUUCCCUUAAAGUUUAUUUAAACAACUGACCGUUUUCUCUAUGCUGACAAAAAGAGAGAAAGGCACCUUCACUUUGUGCUAUUCUAUUAUGAAUAGAAAGUAAGAAGAAGUGAAAGAUGCAGACAAUAUAGUUUUUUGUUCUGCAGCAAAGUUCUGUUUUAUAUCACAAUACAGUCACGGUGAAGACUACAGGUUUAGCCACAACAUCUAAAAUACUAGUAAAUAGUAAAACAAGCUCACUGCAGUUGAUAACCAAUCUUUUAACUGCAGCCAUGUGGAGAAAUCGGACCAUGAAACAGAUCAAAUUGCAGACAGCCAACCAAAAACGUCUGCCCUUCUGAUCAUCUGUCAGUUAAUCAGCGUUGUGACCCCCUCCCCCAAACUGCAUGUCAGAUGACAACUGAUCUGAAUUGAAAUCGGGCUUAGUCCAUAAAGUGUCUGCCCGGCUUUAGGCCAUUUCACAGUUUUAGACAUCAUAUCUGAAAUGGUCGAAAUGGAAAGAGUCUACUGAAUGAUGAUAUUUUUUUUUUUUUUGCCAGGCUAGUAGUGUAGCUUUUAUAGGUGGCAAAAGUCGGUCAGUCCACCACUUUUGUCCAGACUAAAAUAUCUCAACAAAUUUGAGGAGUGGGAGCCAGAGAAGGUUGGGUGGAUUGCUAUGAAAUUUACAGACAUCCUACUCACUUUGGUGAUGCUCUGACUUUUCAUCCAGCACCACCAUCUGGUCAAAAUUUUAAUUUGUCCAAUACUUUGGUUCAUGACCAAAUAUCUGCAAAUCCAGUGACAUUCCCAUCAACCUCAGCUGUAUGCUAAGAUAGUGAACAUGAUGACCAUGGUUGACAUUAUACCUGCUAAACAUUAGCAUGUUAGCAGUGUCAUUGUUUGUAUGUUAGCAUUUAGCUCAAAGCACCACUGCACCUAGGUUCAGCCACACAGAGCUGCUAUAGAAUGGCUGUUGUUUUAAUCUAUUUUCUAUUACAAAUGAUAUCAAAUAAAUUUGUAGUAUAUAACAAAACUGAGUACACACCUGGUCAGUAUCAUUGAUAUGCUAAGUAACUACAAAUCCUAUCCAUUUAUUUAAAUUCUAUUUGUUUUUAGCCAAAGCCCAAGAAGAAUGAAAAACAGAAAUGUUCUACUAAUUAAACUAUAAUGAAAGGUCCUUAUUAAACUGCAAUAAAAGUAAAUUCACCCUUCACUAAAGGGUGAACUGACUUUUAAUGCAGUUAUUUUGUAUGUCCACCUUUAUUUUCGAUGACAGAUUUGAUCAUCCUGGACAUGGAUGAUACCAGUCCAACACAGAUCUGUGGAGAGAUGAUUCUUUUCAUCUGCUCUUUGCUGGAGGGGCUUUGUUGCUCUACCGUCUGCUUUAAAAUACUCCAAAGGUUUUUUUUUAUUGGAUUUAAGUCGGGGGACAUCCUUGUCCUGGUCAUAGUUUUCACUUUUUUCUUCUUUACAAACGCUUAUAUGAUUUUUGAAUUGUAUUUGGGAUCAUUGUCAUGUUGGAAAAUUCCUCUCCUGCAAAUUCAAUUCAAUUCAACUCAAUUUUCUUUAUAUAGAACCAAAUCAUAACAAAGGUUAUCUCAGGACACUUUUCAUAUAGCGGAGGUCUAGACUGUACAGUCUUUACAAUAUUAUUUACAGGGACCCAAAAUUCCCCAAUGAGCAAGCACUUGAUGACAGUGGCAAGGAAAAACUCCCUUUUAACGGGUAGAAACUGGCACAUGGUGGGCGGCCGUCUGCCUCAACCAGCUAAGCUUCUUGAGUCUGGAAUCGUCUUUUCAUUCAGUAUUUUGGUAUACAGGCUUGCAUUCAUAUUGCCAUCUAUAAAUACCAUCUUCCCUACACCAUUUGCACUCAUGUAGCCCCACAUCAGAACAUUCCCACUUUAUUAGAUGCAUUAGACACAACCAGGGUGUGUCCCCCAAACUGAGGUAGCUGUGUCCACAGUUAUUUUAUUACCCUGUUCAUGCAUUUGGCCUUAAGUGGAAGUCCCAGGUGUGCUCACCUUUGUGUCUUUAGGGUUGCACUUUAGGGCCUGUAUCAAUGUAGUUCAUCUAUCCUAUUUGUUUCUAAUCAUACAUUAGCUCCAAUACUGUACAUUUCAACAGAAAAAUAAGUUAUUGUAAGAUGACAGAGAUAUGAAUAAUUUAACAUUUUAGUGAUAUUGCAUAGGGGUCCACUCAGUUUUGUUGUAUACUGGAAAUGUAUCGGUCAGAAAUUAUCCAUGAGCCUGUCUUCAUAUCAAGGGACCCCACAUCGGGUCCUGAGCCUGGGGUUGUGAAACUGUGCAGAGUCUGUUUAUUGAAGGGUGAUCUUAGCAGCCAAAAUCAACAGAGAACAUAUUAAGAUGUGAGUGUUCACCUGAACACACUGUGUAUAUUGAAUGUCAUUUGACUUUGAUGAAACAUCAGUGAAGAGUGUGUCAGAUUUCUUCAGUGCUGACAGAUAGUUACAUCAUCAGACAGUGCCAUGAUGUUGGUAAAUAUGAUCAUCACUGACUGGAUCUUUUAGACUGUGUACACAUCCUGGAAGCUUCACAGUGACUUUGCAUUUCCACAUUUUCACUCAAAUUUUGAAGUCAUGUUAGCCGAUCAAAAUUAUGUCAAACACUUGUCUGGCAUAUUCAUUGUCUGAAUACUGUUAAACCUUUAAUUCUCUAAAGCUGUGAUUAGCAUGAUGAUGAACUGAGAGCAUGUUUGCAGCUUCAAACAGAAGUUCACAUCACAUUCCAGAAUUGUCUGAGUCAUUGACGCAUCCAGUUUUGUCUUAUUUAUUUAUUCCUUAUAAAUUGCCUUUACAGAAUGAUUCAUCAGAAAGGUUGGUGAGCGGCUUCUUUUGGUCUUUUUGGACCAGAUCAAGAGGUUUUUUUUUUAGGCAUUUAAAUGAAUUUUCUUGCAUUACUUCGUGCUACUUUUGUUUCUUGAUAACGUUCUUAAUCAGGAUUUUGAGUUUUUUAACUGUUAAAAAUAUGCACUAUUUAGAUUUGCUUUUUGGUCAUACUGAGGUUUUAUCCCGCAUUUAUUAUUUUAUUACUAAUUUGUUUUUGGUUUGUAAUUUACAAAUAUUUUGAAACUGACGACCUUAUUGUCAUGUUGCAUUUCAUUUGAGCUGCAUUCCAAGGCUUGUAUGUAUAUUUGCUCCUGUACGUGAAUGGAGAAGUCUGCUGAAAACACGUCAGAAGUCUGGCCUGUUUUGUUAUUCACGCAAUAAAAUACCGUGCACAUGAA